AUGCGCUUCGGCGUGGCGGCCCGGCUGUGCGCCAGCAUUGCCUUCUCGCUGCAGAUGGUGCUCUACAUGGGCAUAGUGCUGUACGCACCCGCGCUAGCCAUCCGCGCCACCACAGGACUUGUAGUGUUUCCUUUUCCUUCGGGGUUCUGCCAGUUCUUUCUGUGGAAGGAACAGAUGGAAGCUGAAGAGAAGGUUUCCUUCAUGAGAACAAGGGGAAAACAGAAAUGUGAUUAUUUUGUUUGCCACCGUUCUGGAUAUGUUGACAAAACAGCUUCAGGCAGAAGGUUAAGGGAACCUUCAAUCAAAAUUGGCGGCACGUGCCCUGCCUGUUUGGUAGUAAAAAAUGUGUCAUCUAACAUGGUUAAUGUCAAGUUCUACAGGACACACACAGGACACAGUCUCUCUGUGGGUAGCCUACAUCUGACCACAGCUGACAGGGCAAUGGUUGCUGAAUUAAUUGCACAAGGUGUUCCUGAUACUACAAUUUUGAAGAAAGUGAGAGAGAGCAUUCAAGUUGGACUCUUCAGAAGAGUUCAUCUUUUAAGCAAACAAGAUAUUAGAAAUAUUAGGAAAGAAUACAAGCUGGACGAUAGUAGUGCACACCAAGAUGAUGCAACCAGUGUUGAUCUGUGGGUGAGACAACAAGAGCGCCUAGGGAAAGAUUCCCUGGUGAUUUAUUACAAAGCCCAAGGCACUGAGGAUAAUGGAAACAAAUUAUCAGAAAGUGACUUUAUGAUAAUCCUUAUGACUGAGUAUCAGCAGAAAAUGGCAAAAAAAUUCUGUGCGGAAAAAGUUUUGAUAGACAGCACACAUGGCACUAAUAAGUACAAAUUUUAUCUGACCACACUGUUGACCGUGGAUGAAUUUGGUGCUGGAUGUCCAGUUUCUUAUUGGCUCAGUACACAUACUGACACAAGGUCCAUGCAAGUUUUCUUUGAGCAGAUUAAAAAAUGUAUUGGAAACAUCAAAACAAAGGUAUUCAUGUCUGAUGACUGUGACUGCUACUACAGUGCCUGGAGUGUAGUUAUGGGCCAUAGUGAACAUAGGUUGUUAUGUACCUGGCACGUUGAUCGGGCAUGGAGACGGAAUAUAUGUGCAAAAGUAAAUGGGAAUGCAAUGCUGAAGAGUACUGUAUACAAAGCUCUGAAAACUUUGCACUUACAGACAGAUAGAGAGAAAUUCUCAGAGCUGCUGGAUGGCUUUCUUACUUGGUGUGCAGAGGAGGAAGGAACUGAGGAGUUUGGCAAGUACUUUAAAGAUAGAUAUUCAUGGAGGGCACAUAUGUGGGCAUACAGCUACAGAAUUGGACUUGGCCUUAAUACAAAUAUGUUCUUAGAAGCAAACCAUAAAACUCUUAAAUACUCAUACUUACUGAAGAAAAUAAAUAACAGAGUAGAUAAAUGUAUCCAGGCCCUGUUGCACAGAACGAGGGACUCACUUUUUCAAAGAUUAAUAAGGCUUUGUAAGGGGACAGAGAGAACUACACGCAGUGCUGAAAUAAGUAAGAGUCACAGAAGAGGUUGUGGUAUCAAUAAGGAACUGAUACACUGUGUUGAAGAUGGCACAUGGCAUGUAUACACCGUUUCUGAUCGGCCCCCAUAUACUGUCACCUAUACAGAGAACUCUUGCACUGCAUGCCCAUUGUCCUGUACUGAGUGCAAGAUCUGUGUGCACAGUUGUGUGUGUUCUUGCACAGACAAUUUGAUGAAGGGUAACCUCUGUGAACACAUUCAUGCAGUGGAAAUCAGCAAAGGAACUGUAAAGCUCCCUAUGCAAGACAGCUUCUGCAGAGAGUCAUCUGUGCAGGAGUUAACACAAAUAGUUGCUCAGCAGACUUCAGGUGCUGGCAGCACUGUUGACUACCGAGCUGCUUUGGAAGACAGGCUGACUAUUGUGCAACAAUUAGCAAGAAGUGCUAACAGUGAAACUGCUGGCUCUCUCCUUGUGUCAUUUGAUAAAUUAAUUAAAGAAAUGAGGGCAGGCAUUGCAUCGCAAAAAGAACUCGUUGGUCCACAUUUUCCAGUAACUUCAGCUCCACCAGAUGAGACAUGCAGGAUUCAGAGACAGUUCCAAUCAGUAAGGAAGACAUGUGAAAAGAAGGAACAUUCAUUUGCAACACCAUCCUUUGCAGAAAUUGAGACGAUUAUACAAGACCUCUUGGGAAGUGGAAACAGUAGCUGA